CCUGCCUCUGUCAAUACUCAAAAUUUUAUCUUCAGCACAGGACUGCAGCGUUCCUGUGGGCACCCCAGACGUCUCUUGGUUUUGGUUAGAUGCUUACCGACCAUUUCUGGACGCGUGACAGCGCGUUGUUUGGACUUGUUGUAGUAAUGGUGUCAAACAUUCAUCAGCAGGAUGGGCAUGCAUGUAACCUCUUCCCAACCUUCAUCCGUUCCUCCUUUCCUUUGGUCCCUCUCUCAGCUGUCAUAUUCUUGACGUUGACGAUUUGGUUCAAUUUUGACGCUUAUUACGACGUUCAUUUUCUGAAGACGACAUCGGUGAUCAAGAACCGUUCACGGCGCUCUCAUUCAACGACGCUCAACAGCCAACAUGCUCACUGACAACAUCCCCUUCACUCCACUGAUGGUUCUUGCCAUCCUGUCUUUCACAUGCUCCGUCUAUGUCAUACUAACGACUCUUAUCCCGAUCAUGCCCCCUCACCCCCUUAGCAGGCGAUUGCCCCGCCAGGCAUUUGGCCUUGCAAAGCGGUCGCUAACCCCAGCUCAGAGGGCAACACUUUACAUCGCAGCUUGCGACAUUCUAGCGCUAGCAGCUUUCCUCUGGGAAGCUGUCGCAGAGAUGAUGUCUAAUCAACCUCUCAACGCUAACUCGUCGGCGGGGGCUGCUGGUCGUCUUUGGAUUGCACUGACUGCUCGCCAAAGCUGUCUCCUUGUCGUGGCAACGCUCACUCUUUUGCAUCUUAGGUCGGGAAAAACCCCUACAUUUGGAAUGAACGAUUUUUAUGUCUGGGGCCCAACGGUUUCCCUCGUCAUCAUAUCUACUGCUUGCGCGUGUGGCCUCAGCACUGCUCACACCGGUAGCUUCUUCUAUGGCACACUUGUCUACUCCAGUGUUGUCGCUGUCGCCUCUACCUUGGCAUUCGGACUUCUUCUUUAUUAUCUCUUGCGAAUUCGCAAACACCUUGCGGCGGCUGCAUUAGAGAGAGAAGAAUGGCCUCCGAUGACCCAAAAGAAAAGAAUAGGAAGUUUCGCUACUGAGGACAUUGAUGCUCUGAAAGAUGGAAGUUCAUGGCUCACGUCUGUCCGCAGUGAGCGGACUCAUUCAACGUCUGCAUUUUCCUUUUCGACCACCGUGUCAUCAGCAGCUGCUCCUUCGUCAUCAGCUAAUCCAUAUUCAAACUCAAUCCCGGCAAAAUCUAGUUUUUGGUUUGGUCCUGCGUCGACUCCCAACCUGCAUAAUGGGCUUCCAUCUUCUGAGCCAGUUCCACCAGUUCCAGAACUCCCCCGGGAGUACAAGCGGACCUCCUCUCCCCUGGGCGUUGAGACAGACCCCUUCCGGCGUGAGGUGCCAAAGAGCACCGGGGUCGGGUCGCAGAAUUCUUGGCUUACCGAACCUUCGGGAAGUGUCUCGACUCCUACCCAAUUCUCAUUCCCGACUACUCGGCCUUCUUCGCCUGCCGCCAGUACACAUGACCGGUUUGAAGAUGUACCUCUGGAUCUUCCGGCGACGGACCGCCUUUCUACACCGGUAACACCCACUGCCUUUGAGCCAUCCCCACGUGCAUCCCGUGAUCAAUGGUACCCCAAGUCCUCUGGUGAGGAUUUGGUGAAGCCCAAAGUGGUUCUUGGUGGUUACGGGCCUCAUCCCCCCAUCCCUGAUGCCGAGAAGGCCGCCCUCGAUGAGUGCAAUGCCGGAGCCGAGAACUUGGCACCUUGGCGUAUGUUUGGAUGGUUUUUGUCGAUUUGGGUGCCUUUAGUUUGCGCGUUGCCUUAUAUCGCAAUGCAAUGCGUUCCUUCUCCGAUUUCGACCAGCGCUCCUUUCAUUUUCCUCACGUUGAGCGUGACGCUGUCCUCGCCAAUCCUCGCCGUUCACGUCUUCUGUAGCGCUGGGCCUGUUCCAGUCAUCCCGCCAGAAUUAUUUGCCCCGGCGGCUGGACGAGCAGAUCUCAUGGGGUCUAUUUCCACAACCACUGUCUCCAGCGGUCCGGCGUUGCCCGCCGAUAUGGUACCCCGCAGUGCCAGCCAGAUGACUUUCGUCCCUGGCAGGAGAAGUGGUGAUAUUUGGAUUGAAAAGGGUUAUGCUUCAGACAAUGACAGCAAGUUAUCUAGGAUCUUGGGCAUGGCGGCUCCUUCGCCAAGGCUUUUCUCACUUGAUCCUCCUGCCCCAUCUUCAGAGUCCAUUGGCGGGCGAACCCUAACCAACCCUACCCCAGAACCUGGCGCCCAACCUGCAAGCGUCACCAUUGGUGCACAGUAUGACUCCGAUCCCGUCAUCGAGGCCGCCAGCAAGAUCCUUGCUCAACAAGCUGCCAACAAGGCUGAGCGUGCUCGUUUUGAGUCAAAGGGAUCAUCGUACUAUUCAGAAACAUUCAAAGCGCAAAUCAUGGUCGCUGAGAAGCAUUAUUCUUCUGUCGCUCCUGCGAGCCUUAUUGCGAUAACAAGGAGCAACCCGACCUCGCCAACUCUCCAAGCUAACUUCCAGCCGACCGUUUUGGAAACUAUUGCUGAUGCUAGUGACCCUGCUCCCACCAAUGCUACUAGCACCUCGGUCGCCAAGAGACAUUCAUUCGCUUCGGGACAUGUGAGGAAUCGUUCCUCCGUUUCUGGACAUGGAAGGUCCCAUUCCUCUGCCUCCUCCAAGACUUCUCAUUCACUCGCCGUGAAGCCUUUGAGUGUUCGAAACGUACCCUUGACACCGCCACCAGCUUUCCCUCUUCCCCCCACACCAGACUCCAAGCCAUCAUCGAUUUUCCGACAUGCUCGCUCGCAAUCGCACGCUUCCACCCUAGCGACUCCCAGGUCGACAGGGAGCGCGGGUCGCGAUUUCGACAUUCUUUCGGCCCGGUUUUUGCCAUCGAUUCUGCCCGAACUUCAAGGCGAAGACAUUCGUAUUCGUCGUGACUGGUCUGGAGGCAUUGCGGGACCCGAGUUCAGCUUUGGCAAUGGUAAUGGAAUGGAUUCUCUCCCCCAGAAGUUCAUUACAUUGGAUGAGUCCGAGAUGGAGGAGUUAAUGCGGAAUGCAGCCGCUUCAUCUACCCCUAAAUCUACCAAGCUUUCGAAGAUGGGAUCCAUUUCUGACAGCUUGAGGGCUUUGGGCUUCUCCUCGCCCGAAACCCACUCAACCCCUAAGAAGUUGUGCAAGUCGAAGCGCCAUCAUCUUAGUCUUCCGUCUCUCGGAUUGAAACGUGGUCAACCAUGGAAAGACGAGAUCACUUCUGCUCUCCAGGAGUUUGGGAUUCUUGCCAAUGACGAUGAUUCGCGCCGUCGAAUGAUCCUGAGCACGGAUAGUCCAGCUUGCAGUUCACCAGCACUCGACAGCAGAUGGGUUCUUCCGCCUCCUGUUUCCCUUCCCACACCCCAUGCGCUAUCUGUUGAACCACACGAAUUAAUGAUCACGCCACUGCCCAGCGAUAACUUCAUCGUUCCGCAUCCAGAUGGGACCCCACUCGCCAUGGCCGUGCCCCAGGCUUCCCAGUAUGAAGUUCAGCGCCCGUCAAUCACGUCUGAGCAGCCCCGCAAGCAUUCAAGUGUUAUCUAUAUCAAAUCUUCUGAUUCUGCUCAUGCUCAGCCUGACUUGAUCUACCCCACUUCGGCCAAUACCCAAGACAAAGAACAGCCGCCUUCGAUUACAUUUGUGCCACAGGCGUGGCCUCCGAUCCCCACCGCUGGCGUCUCUGCGCCAGUCGCAGAGCCCGCCAACUAUUCUUUGCCAACUGGUAGAAUGUCCGCUUUGCUUGAAGCUGCCUCGCCGAAUCAGGAUUCGGAUCUGCCUUCAAAAUCGCCUUUUCGGCCUUUGAGUUUGUUGCAGGGCCGGAACCCGAACACACCAAAGGAUAGUAGCAUGAGUGUCACGGAUAAGAAGACGCUUCCGCUUAAUACGCCGAAGCGUUCAAUGAAAUCCACGACGUCGUCUGGUACCUCAACUACUGAAAAGAAGAAGAGCAAGAAGUCGACCACUUCGUCUCAAUUCCAAGACGAGAAUCGCAUCGAGGAAGAUAUGCCGGAUACCCCUGUCUCCGGUCUGAGACCUCUGAGACUGGCGCGAUCCGCAACUAGCAAAGCACGCGGCAUUCUUCGCAAGCAGGAGGUUCUUCCUGACGUCUUUGUUCGUCCACCGUCCACAUCCACACAUCAAGGCUUCUCGUAUUCUUUCCGUCGAGGAGUCGCAUAAUCGGCGUGUUGAAACGUCGGGAAUCUGUCUGAUGUGUAUUUGUACUUAUGGUAUAUGCGUCCGUAUUAAUCUUUGGUUGUGGACUUAUUCGACAAUUCUUGUGCGUUUUGUAAGAGACGUUUUACCCUCCCACCCUUUACUUGGCUACGUUCUUGUCUUUUUACCCCGCCGCCUAUGCUUUGUCUUUGAUUAUUAGCUAGCUCAUCUUUGAGCAUCCAUGCAUGUCUCUGGUUUAGUUUGCCUACAUUACACAAAUGAAACCUGUUUUCGAGUGGAGUUU